AUGGAAAAGAAGGUGUGCCGGAGGCCCUCGGGGGGCGGGGCUUCGUGCGCGGGAUCCGUGACGCGCUGGGAGGGGGCGGGGCGCUACCGGCUCGCGGAGGUACCCGAAACGAGGUAAACGGAUCGCUCUGAGCGAUAUAAAAAGCAGCUGCUGCCUGUUCCCGUAGCCCUUUGAGUCGCUGGCCCGUUAUCGAUCAUGUCUCUGAGAAGCAGGCUCUCGAGGCUUCUUCAGAAGCAAGGGCAUUCUGUGCUCAAGAAGUCCGUUCACUCGGUGGCUGUGAUCGGAGCCCCGUUCUCUAAAGGGCAGAAGCGAAGAGGAGUAGAACAUGGUCCUGCAGCCAUAAGAGAGGCAGGGUUAUUGAAAAGGCUCUCCAACUUGGGUUGCCGGGUAAAUGACAUGGGAGAUCUCAGUUUCACCCCUGUGACCAACGAUGAGCUCUAUAACAACCUGGUUGUGAAUCCUCGAUCAGUGGGCCUUGCCAAUCAGGAAUUAGCAGAAGCAGUUAGCAGGGCUGUGUCUUCUGGACACCGAUGCCUCACUGUGGGAGGAGACCACAGUCUGGCAAUUGGUUCCAUUAGUGGUCAUGUCCGGCACUGCCCAGAUUUGUGUGUUAUCUGGGUUGACGCUCAUGCUGACAUCAACACACCCCUUACCACUUUGUCUGGGAGUCUGCAUGGACAGCCAGUUUCUUUCCUUCUCAGAGAACUGCAGGACAAGGUGCCAUCACUUCCAGGAUUCUCCUGGAUCAAGCCCUGUCUCUCAUCCCCAGAUAUUGUAUAUAUUGGCCUAAGGGAUGUGGAUCCUGCUGAACAUUUUAUUCUAAAAAACUAUGACAUCUUAAACUUUUCAAUGAGAGAUAUUGACCGCCUUGGAAUCCAGAAGGUCAUGGAACAGACAUUUGAACAACUGAUCAGCAAAAAACAAAGACCAAUUCAUCUAAGCUUUGAUAUUGAUGCUUUUGACCCUUCACUGGCUCCAGCAACAGGAACUCCCGUUGUCGGUGGGUUGACUUAUCGGGAAGGCAUGUAUAUUACAGAGGAAAUACAUAAUACAGGUUUGCUGUCAGCCCUGGAUCUGGUUGAAGUCAAUCCUCUCUUGGCUACUUCAGAGGAGGAAGUGAAGGCCACAGCUGGACUGGCUGUGGAUGUGAUCGCCUCGAGCUUCGGCCAGAAGAGGGAAGGACAGCAUGAUGGCUAUGACCAUCUCCCCACUCCCAGUUCACCAGAUGAAUCAGACAGUGAAGAAUGUGUUCGAAUUUAGAGUCUGUAUUUUUUCCACAGGUUUUUCCCCCCACAAUGGGCAUUCCAUAGUUCUACAGAGGCACUUAAAGGGAUAUUAAAAUUGGCAAUGUUAAUACUGCCUUCAUGAAAGCAUAAUUGUUUUUAAAAAAUAUCCCUCCUCAUUUUUGGUGACCAAUGUUACUGUAUUCUGUAAUUGGUUUUAUUUAGUUCAUUGGGAAUUAAUAUAUUAGAUUACUCUAUAAAUUUAAAGAACUAAUAAACACAGCAUUUGUUACCUUGGUAUAGCACCCCA